AUGUACUUCUCACUUAUCUCCUCGUUCGCUCUCGUCGUUAUCAUUGCAGACCUCAGCAACGCUGUUCCUGUCUCCACUACGAUCGUCGCCCGUAAUGCAGAACCUGAAACUGCAGUCAAAAGAUCACUGAUUGAUCUGGACAAUUCUAUCAAUGCUCCAGUCGACGUGGACCUUUCUUCCUUGUGCUUGGGGGUAGCUGUCUGCAAUCCCGUUUCGGUGGUAAAGGGUAGUAGUAAUUAG